AAGAUUUGAUUGGUUGCCAUGGGUUACUGCCCAGGUGCAAAUUUAUAACUGAGCCCAACAGGGUGAGCUACAGAGAGAGCUCUGGGCAGUGACAUACAGAGAGUAGAGCGACGCAGGCAGUUGAUUGCAGGCAUAGAACAGGCAGUUGCAGAUGAUCUCCAGCACGGAGUGGGCGGAGUUACAGACUGUUUACUGGCACCAUGGAGACUGGAUGCUGCUGCUGCUGUGUGUAACCUGGAGACGGGAGCUGAGGGGAGAGAGGAGACAGACAAGAGCUGACGGGCUGUAGGGGCACCGAGAGUCUCACUCAGGAGCCAUAGAGAGAGAGGGGCAGGGAGUCCACCCCACGAGACACCUGCAGGGACUCAUUGAAGCAGAACAUUUGAGGGGAGCGCCCCCAGUUUACUGGACAUCAGACAUGGCUUCUCACCCUGUGCAAGGGUUGCCCUUCCUUCCCGGGAACACCUACAGGGACCCCACGAAAAGCGCAUUUCACCGCUCCCAGACCUUAACCUACAGGAACGGCUACAGUCGGCCCAUUCUCCCCACUGUCGGCAUCGGACGGGAACCCAUCACAGUCAACCAACUGUCCCAAGCGGAACUGGAUGAGCUUUCCAACAAAAGACCGACGCUGACCUAUGGCCGUGCCAAGCCGGCUCCACCAUCAGAUUUUAUCCCUUCCUACGUGGCCUUCGAUAAAAAGGUGCUCAGGUUUGAAGGCUAUUUCCAAGAGACCGUCCCCCUGUCCCCCGACGAGCAUUACCGAGUGCGCAGAAUCACCCUGUAUUACUAUCUGGAAGACGACACCAUAUCGGUGGUAGAGCCGGCCGUGGAAAAUUCUGGCAUCCCCCAAGGAACUUUUAUCAAGCGCCAAAGACACCCCAAGAAUGAAAAUGGGGAUCCCUAUCACUGGAAGGAUCUGAAUGUGGGGAUCAACAUCACUUUGUAUGGCCGGACCUUCCGCGUCAUCAACUGUGACACUUUCACUCAGGAAUUCCUGGAGAGUGAGGGCAUUGAGCUGAACCCACCAGAGGGCAUCCCUUCAGACCCAUAUACAGAACUGAGGAGGCAACCUGAUCGCACCUUUAUCACCCCAUCUGACUUCGAUAAGCUCAAACAGUUCAUCACUAUGGACCGAAAGGUUCUGCGCUUCUUUGCUGUGUGGGACGACACGGACAACAUGUUUGGAGAGAAGCACCCAGUGCUCAUUCACUACUACCUGUCUGACGAUACCUUGGAAAUCAGGGAGGUGCAUGAGCGAAAUGAUGGACGAGACCCGUUCCCAGUGCUGAUGAAACGCCAACACUUACCUAAAGUGGUAAAUAAUACAAAAGAAACCUUCCCAGUGUCCGUGCUGGAGAUUUCAGACCAGGAGGUGAAGGAGUGGUUCUCCCCCAAGGAUUUCUCAGUGGGGAAGCACGUUAACAUUCUGGGACGCAAGUUCUUCAUCUAUGACUGUGAUGCCUACACUAGAGACUUCUAUCAAGAGAAAAUGGGGGUCCGUGACCUUCAGCCUGUUGAGGUGAAAAUGGACAGAGUAGAUGAGAAGGUCAUCCAGGAGGUCCCUCCAUACAAUGGAUUCGGUUUGCUUGAAGACUCUCUACAGAACUGCCUGUCCCUGGUGCCCAAGCCUCCCAAAAAGGAUGUUCUUAAAAUGCUGGAGAACGACCAUAACGUCUUGAGAUAUGCAGUUAUUCUGGACUCCCCAAACCCAGAAGACAAAGUGCGUCGCUUCGUCCUCUCAUACUUCCUGGCCAACGACAUGCUGAGCAUCUUUGAGCGUCAAGUUCGGAAUUCUGGUAUCAUCGGAGGGAAAUUCCUAGAGAAAACCAGAGUUCCGGUACCGGGUUCUACCAUAGACAACCCGAUCUACUACGGACCGAAGGACUUCACUAUUGGGGCUGCUAUUGAAGUCUUCAACCACAGAUUUAUCAUCACUGACGCCGACAAAUAUGUGUUGAACUACAUCAAUGCGCACAGCGAGGAGUUCCCGGCCCAUGUACUCGACUCCCUGCAAAGACACCUGCACCCCCACAAUGGCAAGAUCCAUGGCAUUGGGGAGACCAACAUCUAGUUGAAAGACUUGACCAAAGCCUCCAACUGCAGCCCGGCCGCUUAGAGAGAAGUCAUUGAAUGAUUGGAUGUGAUUGGUCAGUGCUGUGCAUGACUCUGCUCAUAUUAAAGCCAAUUGCAGAGACUCACGUGUUUCUCCAAGAUUCAUGUUCUUGUCCCCAGUCCAAUGUCCCUAGUUCUGGCCCAACAAGCAUUGCUCAUUUUUUUGUGGAUCACUCAUUUGCAUAUGCCAAUUAGGCUUCCAAUUUAUUUAGGAAAUUCAACUGAAUCUUUUGAGGAAUUGGUGUAUCCCUUCCCAUAAUCCUGUUCUCUAAUGAGCCCCAGAGUUUAACCACAGAAAGGAAUGAGUAUUGAAAUUACAGGGGUUGUUCACCUUUGAAUUAAAAAUUUGCAGUUGGUUUUCAUUUUA